CCACCCCAACCCCAUCCGGGCGUCCCCGGUUGCACCCGAGCCGGACCAAGCGUGACCCAGCCGCGGCCGGCCAGCCAUGGAGACUGGAGCGCGGCGGCGCCCGCAACUUCUCCCGCUGCUGCUGCUGCUCUGCGGUGGGUGUCCCAGAGCGGGCGGCUGCAACGAGACAGGCCUGUUGGAGAGGCUGCCCCUGUGUGGGAAGGCUUUCGCAGACAUGAUGGGCAAGGUGGACGUCUGGAAGUGGUGCAACCUGUCCGAGUUCAUCGUGUACUAUGAGAGUUUCACCAACUGCACCGAGAUGGAGGCCAACGUCGUGGGCUGCUACUGGCCCAACCCCCUGGCCCAGGGCUUCAUCACCGGCAUCCACAGGCAGUUCUUCUCCAACUGCACCAUGGACAAGGUUCACUUGGAGGACCCCCCAGACGAGGUUCUUAUCCCGCUGAUCAUUAUACCCGUCGUUCUGACUGUCGCCAUGGCUGGCCUGGUGGUGUGGCGCAGCAAGCGCACCGACACGCUGCUGUGAGGGUCUGGGUGAGAUGGAGUGGGUCACACCUGGCAAGCUGGAAGAAAGUUCCCUGGAGAUGGGAGAACGGAUGGGUGCUGCCAAUCUCCAGCUACCGUGGCCACACCCCACCUGGUCAUGGGCAGACCCCUCACUUCCUGGGCUGACCUGCUCUCUCGAGGCCAUCCUGCUCCCUGGCUGAGGCUUAGGCUAUCCGCCCAAGCUCUUUGCUCAUUCUAGGGCCAGUGGAGGAAAAUGUGAUAAGGCCAGAGCUUGUGUGCUGGGCACAGAAAUCACCUGCUGCGUCCUGUGCUCUGCAGGCUGGGCCGGAGCCUCUGCCCGGAGGUUUCUUUGCCAUUUCUUAGCACAGAAUCCAGCCUAGUCUUAGCUGCAGUCUAGGUCCUGCUUAGACUAGAACUCCUGGCUUGACCCCCAUCUCUGGUUCCUGCCUUGGCUCCUGCCCCAGCCCUGGCCCCUGCCUACAUCCAGACAGAAAGACAGGCAGGGGCUCUUGGAAGACGUUCCAUGCUGUGGAAGACGUUCUGUGCUGUGAACUCCGAGCCCUCCUAGUGGGAAGACAGCUGGAAAGGCUGGGAGGAGAAGGGAGGGGCUGGGGGGUUCCCAGGAGCCACGCGUGGCCUGCAGAGUCCAUUCCAUCAUGAUGCUGUGCCCACUAUGGGCUGUGUCCGUGACCAGAGGCUGGAGUGGGGGUGUGUCAGAGCCCCUCACCAGGGCUUGCUGUGUGGAUGGGGCCUGGGCCUCCUUCCUACAGGGGCUCCUCUGUGGGUGAGGGGCCCUCUGGAAUGGCGUACCAUGAGCUUGUGGCCUCUAUCUGCUACCAUCUGCAUUUUAUCUGAGUAAAGUUACCUUCUGGAA